UUAAAAUGAUAUCAGUACAGUACAGAUGGUGAAGCAGGAAAAUGAUAGUAUUCUUGUGAUAUUUUAUCGAUUUUAUUUUCAUUUCUUUUUUUUUUAAAUAAACAAAAAUAGUCAUUAAAGACGUUUUAUUGUUGAUUAGAAACAUGAAACUGUGUAUUUUAUUUUGCAAUGUAACUCGUUUGCCAUUUUAGUUUAAUUUUUUUUUCUGUUUGUUUGAAUCGGGGCAGCAAUUCCUAUAUUUUCAUUCCGUGUUAAAAUAAAAAAAAAAUCUCUUGUUUCUUUAUUUUUGUUCCGAGAAUAUUGUGAUUAAAUUGUUGUUAUUGUUGAACGUGGAACUAAAUGAUUAUUUGCUUUAAAUCAUCAAGAGCUACCGAGAGACAGAGAGAGAGAGGGAGAUAAAAAAGUGUUACACUCAUACAAAUGCUAUCAAUGCAUUCGAUAGGAUAAAAUAAAAGUCAGAAUAUAUUUAAGAGAGAAAGAGAGACAUAAAUAAACUAUGGAUAAUGAAACUGAUGGCGCUGAUGAAUGUCAACCGACAACAUCAAAUACAAACGUUCGAAUCAAAGUGAGCUCAUGGGUAACGAAUUUUGUGAGUGAGAUGAGAACAAAGAGUCCGGCGGUUGUUCAACGAUGGGUAGAUUCAUUGCCAAAUGAAAACGUAACAGAAAUACCGGGUGAUACGAUACAUGCAACCGACAGCCUUCAACAGACAAACAUUGUGGAUGAAAAUUUAGCCGAAGAAAAAUUUUGUGGAAAAAAUAGUCGUCGCACAAGCACAGCCGAACCCAACGUAGUUGGUAUUACCGAGCAAAUUGCUGAGCUGAGUGUAAAUCGCAAAGACGAAUCGUUGCACAGUGAAACGAGUGGUGAACACAAUACAACACAAUCAUCCGAUAGAACGUCAGCGCAGCAUCAGGUCGAAUCGAUUGAAAGUGGAGUCGAUAGUGUGACAGGUAAUACGGAUCGUAGAUUUUGGCAAAAAGGACCGUCAAUUUUGACCGCUUUGCGGAUAACAACGCGACGAUCGAGCACCGACUCGAAUCGGUAUACAGAAACAGAGGAUCUCAAUGCAUCACCAUCAUCGCCUCAAUUACCUCAAAGCGAUGAGCCCGAUACAACAAGCACAGCAUCAAAUCAAGCAGUCUUAAAUAAAUCCAAACUAAAUGAGUUUUACUAUAAACUAAGCAUCAAUAAAAAGCGGUACAAUUUCAUUAAGGAGCGAAAAAUGGAAGCCAAAAAACUGUUGAACAAUGCAAAGAGUCGAUUCUUAGCCGCAACCAAUUGGGAUGAAAGCAAGCAAAAUGAAGAUGAUAUGAUGGCAGCUAGUGACGAUCAUAGUGAUAGUAAUGUAACAACGACAGCGGCAGAGGAGGAGGAGGAGGAGACGGCGGCGAUGGUGACGACGACGGGAACGUUGCCACCAGUUGCAACGAUGACGACUAUGACUAUAGUCAGCGAACCGAAAGCGAGUGGAACAGCUUCAGUUGUUUGUGAUACAAUCGAUAUGGAUUUGUCGGCCGAUGAAUUUUCACGACUCUCACAGAGUAACGAUAUGCUGUCGGCCGACGAUGAGGAUAGUUUUAAUGUGUCAAUGCCGAGCAUCAACGACGGUCACACAACCCAUUUGAAUGUUAGUCGUAAAAUUGUAAUGGCCGACAUCGGAAGGAGCACAAGUGAUAAUCCCAGGUUGCGCAAUAAAUUCUAUUUAGCUGAUAUUGGACGAAGUUUUAGUGAGCAUCAAGAUGAUGAAGCGAUUAUGAUUGGUGAACGAAAUAUUAGUGCGCCCACGUCAAGCAUUGCAAUCCAGAAUAAUAAUCGAUCAAAUGGGAAUUUCUUUGAACGGCGCGCAUAUUCGGUGAGUCCAACGCAAAGAGGCCUAAAACGUGGAAUGUUGUCACGAGACCAUUCGUUGUCAGACAGUUCGAGGCAUCGAAAUCAAUUAUCCAAAGGCAGUUCAUUUCAAUCCGAUUCCAGUCAUUGUUCUAGCGUCGAAAGUCUUUUAGAUGCUAGAAAACCCGAUUCAGAAGCCAUUCUCAGGCAAUUGGGAUUUGGACCAGCGCACCAAGAAGAUUUACUCUCCCGAAUUCCAAAAAGAUUUCUGAAACCAUCUCAAGUGCGUGGCAUUGACACAGAAGCAUUUAUGAGACAACAAGCAAUUGCCACCAACUUGCACGAGCAAAGCAUUCUCGGUUAUCGUGGUUUAACAGACGAUAGGAUGCAAAUUCUGCAAAGAUUUCAACCACAUUGUCACUUUGCUAAUUUCGAAGAGGAAAUCCACACGUCCUCCCAUCAACAAUAGUGUCCAAGAUAAUGGAACGCUUUCAGGCGAAUGAUGAAAAGAACAGUAGACUUUAUGAUGUGUUCAACGACGGUAGACCGAUGUCAGCACCGCCAACACCUGGACCAACCGACCUGGCCGAUAUCCGGCAUCGAGAGCCAUAGAAAAUUUAAUCUAUCAAUUUACAUACAACAACAAAAAAUUAAGAAGAAAAGUGGCAUUCACUUGAAAAUUUCAUGCAAUCAUCAACAAGCACAGCAGAAAAGAAGAAAAAAACUCUACGAAUUUAACGUUGUCUAAAAACAAAUACAAAAAAAAAAUUGAUGAAUCUGAAUUUAUAUAUUUAUACCAAUAGUCGAGAGUUCGGACGAUGUGUCCGAGUGAAUUGAGUGCUGCCACUAGCGUUCGGAAAAUAGCUUUGUGUACUGAAUUGUGGUGGCUAAAACUUUUUUGUGAAUCUAAACCAAAACAAAACAAAAACAAUAAUCAUUGACUCGAUAUUCUAAAAUUAAGUAACAAACAAAUAUGGCUAACCUUUUCAAAGAACAUUUCGAUGUGUAAAAACUGUUGUCUAUCACUUUCACCACAAAUCAGCACAUGAAGUAUUUGUGUAGCAUUUUUUCGUCUUUUUUUCGAAUGUAUCAAAUAGUGAGAUCUCUUUUGUGUGUGUGUGGCGCUCAAACCAACGCUCUAUAUUUUAUUGUGUACCUAAACGCACUUCUCUGUUUGAGGAGCAGCAUUAACAAUCCGUAUUGCACGUAGUUCAUGAAGUUUCCACUUAACGGCUUCGGCAAAACGGGUGCGCACCAAUGAUAAUCACAUUUACAAUCACGCAGUCAAGCAAAGCCAGAAAACUAAUAAUCUGCACAAAUUACAAACAAAAUCUAUUUACCUCCCUCUCCUCUCCCCUCGUGUAGCAUUUCGAAGAAUUUGUUAACUAAUAUACAAACUGAACUAUGUUACUAUUCCAAUUCUUAUGAUGUAUGAAACAAAAAAAUCUCGUUCUACCUUGUCCAAACAAAAAAAAAAAUUAAUAAGAAAAAAUGCCUUAUAAUUUUCAAUUUCUCAAACGGUGAUCAAUGUCUGAAACGAAUAUUUUGUAGAAUAGUCUAGAAUUCCUGCCUUUUUUUUAAAGAAAUAUAUUUCCAAUUGUUUGAUUGUUUUUUUUCAUUGUUUAUAUGUAGAAAAAGUCGAAUUUUGGUUUCAAGUCAAACGACAAUCUGCACGUGUAUGUUACGGACAAUUACAACAGUUCAAAACCAAGGUUCUUCACAUUAGAGACAUUCUUUCUAGCACGUAAGCUAUCUGUAUACAAAUGUUAGAGAGACAGUGAGGAAAGAAAUGAAAAACAAAACAAAAUUUUUACAUCCUGUUCACCUUUCGAAAAUGGCUUAGAAUUAUUUACUAUAUGUAUAUAUUUUUUUUCAUUUAGAGAAAUCGGAUUCAGUAGCGAAAUGAUAAUUUAAUUAGCUGACACUUUUGCAACAGAUAUUUAAAUAUUGUAUAAUUGCUCAUUUUUAUUUAACAACAAAGCAACAAAACAAAAUUUUUAUAAAUAAUUCGUUACCAAUUCAGAUUUGAAUUUGUUUUUGUAGCUUGAAUUAAAUGAAAAUUAAAAGAAGACAGAAACAUUUAGAGUGGAGGUGACAAAAA